AUGCUCAACCAAACUACGGAAACUGUUUUCUUUCUUCUGGGAUUCUCUGAUAUUUGGCAGCUGCAGAUGUUACACUUUGUGGGCUUUCUUCUGUUCUAUUUGGCAACCAUCAUGGGAAAUCUUCUCAUCAUUAUAUUAGUAGUCCUCAACCACCACCUUCAUACACCAAUGUACUUUUUCCUGGUCAAUUUGUCCAUUGCAGACAUUGGCAGCAUCUCAGUGAACGUCCCCAAAGCCAUGAGCAAUUCUCUCAUGAAUAUCAGGUUGAUUUCCUAUUCAGAAUGUGUUUCCCAAGUCUUUUUUCUUAUGUUGUUUGCACUGACUGACAUGUUCCUCCUCACUGUCAUGGCUUACGACCGAUACGUUGCCAUAUGCAAUCCACUGCGAUAUGAAGCAGUGAUGAAUAUGGGAGCCUGCAUCCAAAUGGCAGCUGGCGCGUGGAUCAUCAGCAUUUUCUAUGCUGCCUUGCAUAUCAGGGGCACCUUCUCGAUAACCUUCUGUUCCAAUGUCAUCAAUCAAUUUUUUUGUGAAAUUCCACAGCUGCUCAAACUUUCCUGCAACAACAAUUAUACAAUGGAAUUGGGGGUCAAUAUAUUUGGUGCAAGUGUAGCCUUUGGCUGCUUUGUCUUCAUCAUUUUUUCUUAUGUGCAGAUCUUUACCAAUGUGCUCAGAAUCCCCUCUGAGCAAGCAAGAAAGAAAGCGCUCUCUACCUGCUUGCCCCACCUCAUUGUUGUCUGUUUGUUUAUUGUCACGGGCAUCAUUGCCUAUGUGUGCCCGACAUGCAAAGCUCCUAAAGAUCUGGUUAUGAUGAUUGCUGUUCUAUAUACCAUGUUGCCACCCAUGAUGAAUCCAGUGAUUUAUAGUAUGAGAAACCAAGAGAUUAGAUCUGCACUGUCCAAGUUUUUGAAGGGGGGACUGUGUUCCAAGCACCAAAUGUCAGUUAUUUUUUUGUAG